AUGGCUGUAGCAAACGCAAAGCCUGUUCUGAAAAAAUGCAAAUUGAAAUACUGCCACAUACAAAUAUAUAAGGCCUUAUUGACAGCUUCAUGCCUGUCAUGUCCCAAUGACCCAAUACAGUUUCUGAAAAACACUCUCAAGGCUUUCCAGGGACAUGAUAAUCUUCAGGAUGUUGACUGUAUAUCGUCUUUGUCAACUUGGAUGUAUUCAUCUUAUUAUUUAUUCAUACUAUUAAGUAGCAUAAUGGUUCUGUUAAAUCUGUCUGAGUGCCAAAUCAUUCAAAGAUUUGUUUUGAUUUUAACUUUCUUUCUUUUCUAUUCUUUUUUGAGGCACGAGUUUAUUGCUCAUGUAGAAGAGCGUACUGCAACAACCUCUCUGACACAUAGGACUGUGGACACGGUCUAUAUGGACCCAGAUGACACCAUGCGGUCCUUUUGUCUGUUCGAGAAGGUCUACUCCCAUUACAGGAAGCAUUUAACAAGCUCUUGCUUCAGGAAUUGGAAGAGGUUCACGACACAGAGUAAGAGAGGUACCAUAGAGCUGGCUCUGAAGAUGGACAUGACAAAGAAGCAUUAUGAGAGGAAAUGCCAACGGGUUGCAUUCACCAAAUGGUCAAACUGGGUAAAAUUACACAAGAAGACACAGGCUGUUGCCAUCGAGAAACUUGAGAGACUUGUAAAUGCCAGCCACCUUAAGCGCAUCAUAGCUGUAUGGCGUAAUGUUGCAAAGGAUUCAAGGAGGACAAAAGAGUACUUUAAGAGGUUUGAAAUGAGGUUUAUUGAAAUCGGCAACAAAGUCCACCAGAUUGGGGAAAAAUGUGACGGACUCUCAGUGCUUCCUAGCAGCCUCUCACUGAAGAUCUUUCAGUACUUAGAAUUGCGAGACUGGCUAAAUUGUGCUGAGGUAUGUUGCACAUGGAAAGGUAUCAUCCAGUCUGGCCCAUUGUGGAGUCAGAUCAACUUCUCUGUGGAGAAAGACUGGAUAAUAGACAGCACAAUGAAGCAGAUUCUGCAGAACUACCGCCCUUUUGUGAUCCACCUCAACCUGCGUGGUUGCACAUCUCUAACAUGGUCCAGCUUGAAAUGUAUCAGUGAAUGCAGAAAUCUCCAGGAGCUCAAUGUGUCAGAGUGUUUUAAUUUUACAGAUGUGAUGGUUCAGAGAAUUGUCGAGGGCUGUCCCUGCCUGCUAUACUUGAACCUUUCUUGCACACCUGUAACAAACAAAACUCUAAGAGAGCUGUCCAGGAACUGCCUCAACCUUCAAUACCUAAGUCUUGCCUACUGCUACAAAUUUACAGAUAAAGGGUUUAUGUACCUGACCACAGGGAAGGGCUGCCACAAUCUCUUCCACCUCAACCUGUCCGGCUGCACUCAGAUGACAGUAAAUGGGUUCCUGUACAUUUCUGCCGGAUGUCCUUCACUCAAGGAGAUUGUGAUCAACGACAUGCCUACGCUGUCAGAUAGCUGUGUUUUGGCACUCACAUCCCGAUGUCGCUGUCUGUCUGCAAUUUCUCUGCUGGAUGCUCCUCAUCUUUCCGACGUCGCCUUCAAAGCCAUCGCCAAAAUUGCCAAACUGAAGACUUUUAGCACAGAGGGUAACAACCAGCUAACAGACAUUAGCUGGAAGGCGCUGUGCCACAGCUCACAAGGCCUCCGCAGACUCCACGCAGCAGAAUGCCCCAGAAUGACCGACGCCAGCCUCAAAUCUGUGGCCGGCCUUAAGAACCUGCAAUACCUGGACAUCUCACUUUGUAACAAGGUGAGUGAUGUUGGGAUACAGUGCUUGACUGAAGGAUCCUCGUCCACCAAACUGAGAGAGCUGAAUAUCAGUCACUGCAUUCACAUCACUGACAUAUCCAUUAUGAGGAUUGCACAAAGGUUGUGUAAACUGUACCAUCUCAACUUGAGUUAUUGUGAGAGACUGACAGACAAGAGUUUGGACUGGCUGAGUGGCAGCUCCAUCUGCUCUCUUGACCUCAGCGGUUGCAACAUCCAGGAUCAGGGGCUGGCAGCCCUCCAGGGAAAUUGCUUGAAGAAGAUAACACUUGCUGAGUGUGUCUAUGUCACAGACAUUGGCAUAGAGAAGCUGUGCAAGAAUGUGACGAAUCUGGAACAUGUUGAUGUGUCUCACUGUGUAGCUCUGUCAGACCCGGCCAUCAGAGCCAUUUCAUUUAACUGCAGAGGUCUGCUCACACUACGGAUGUCAGGUUGUCCCAAGAUGACAGAUAUGGCAGUGCAGUAUCUGACAAGUGGAUCUCAGUACCUGCGAGAACUCGAUGUGAGUGGCUGCGUUCUUCUCACAGAUCGCACUCUCCGACACUUAGAGAGGAUCUGUCCUCCGCUCUGCUCCAUCAGGAUGGCCUGCUGCAGCAGCAUCUCCAAGGUGGUCGCCCUAAAGCUUCAGCCACGUGUGGAGUUCUGGGAACACAGCAAUGACGACCCUCCGUGCUGGUUUGGAAAUAACGUGUACCAAACACAAGCGAUGACAAGAGCAGCAAGUACUGAGAGGAUAUAAACAGAUGUCAGUAAUGAUUGUGUAAAUAUCAAGAUCACAAAAUCACGUCAACCAUCAUUGUUGGGGUACUAUUUUAAAACAUAAAUUGUGUUGUUAAAUUUGAUAAAUUGUAUGUCGUGCUCGCAUCGGGUACUACUGAGACUUCAUUGCCCUCUUCAGAGAAGACUCUGACUGCAACAUGCGUC